AUGCCUCUCGGCCUCUCUUAUCCCGGCCUUAAAUGCGUUUUAGAGCAUUUGGAGGCAGUUAAGCGAGCACAUAUCAUUGGCCGCUCACCAGGCCUUCAAAAAAUAGAUAAAUUGAUUCCACUGCGUUUGAAGAAUCUCUAUAUUGGCAGUGAAGAAAUGACUUUCAACAAUUUGAUAAUUCGAUAUUAUUAUAAAGAUGAUGUAGAAUUCGAAACGGAUAAAAAGACAUUCAGCAGACAGAGUACAGAGAGCCGAGAAGACAGAAUGAAGAAAUUUAUCAACUAUUUCUUCUGUGGAAGAUCAAUCAUUAAUGUGGACACACUACGUUGGUUUGACGAUUUGUUCCCCGAUUUCUUGCCGGUCGAUAUGAAAUUCAUCGUGAAUUCUUUGAGUGCAGUCUCAUUUUCUUUCAAUACCGCAAUCCCUUUUAUUGACCCUCGUAGUUUUCCUCUGAAAACUCUGUUCACUUCUAUCGCCAACACCUCAAUCUUCGACAUCCAAGUUGUUAAGUCAGCUGAAACCCUAAAUCUGAAUCUCAAUGUGGAUCGGAUUGUCACUGUUGAAGACCUCAAGAAACUUAACAACAAAAAAGUGGUAUUUGAACGCGUUUACUACUCGAGAAUUGAUUUUAUUUCAUUGAUAGUUCCAUUGAUUAAAUAUCACAUUGAAACCAAGAAAGAUAUUAGAACAACUUUUGUGAUUCUAUCAGUUUACGAAGAUUUUAUCAAUUAUAUGCUACGCGAGUUUGAACAAGCGUUUGGUGAAUACAGAAGUGACUUGGAUGGCGUGAAUGAGAGAUUUCUCCCAGAAUCUUCUAGAUUCUCCAUCCCGAUCAGCGAUAAAUCUAAAAUCCAUGUCUAUGCAACUAAGGGAUCUCAAAAGGGGUUCUAUGAAAUAAUUGUGAAACCAGUGCUGGGAAAAUGA